AUGACACCUUCGAAGUGGGACGAUGAGGAGGAGAGCGUUUCCCCUCCCCCUGUGGUGAACCGCCGCAAGUUCGACGACGAGGAGGAUGAAGAGGUGCUCGACUCGUGGGACGCGGCCGAAGACUCGGAAGUAGAGCGCGAGAAGGCGGCCAAGGCGGCAGAGGCCAAGGCCAAAGCGGAGGCCGAAGCGGCCGCGAAGAAGAAGAGCAAGGCGCAGCGGAUAGAGGAGCACAAGGCGGAGCGGCGGAAGAACGCGGAGGCGGACAGCGAGGAGGAUGAGGACGAGGACGAGGACGAGGCGGAGAAGCGGGCGCGGCUGCGCCGCACGGAGAAGGACUCGGACCUCAAGCACGCCGAGGACCUGUUCGGCGACAUCGACCUGAACCGCAGCCGCAACCGCGGCGCCCCCAAGGCCAUCGUCAUCAGCGACUCGGCCGACCCCACGCAGGCCGUCGACCUGUCCGCCAUGCCGCUGUUCAAGCCCACGACCAAGGACCAGUUCGCGCGCCUGACCACCACCCUCAUCCCGCUGCUGACGGCGCACUCCAAGAAGCCGCACUAUGCGCUGUGGGCGCAGGAGUUCACCAAGCAGCUCGUCAAGGAGCUGAACAGCGGUGAUGUCAAGAAGAUCGCCAGUGCGCUGACCACCGUCAGCAACGAGAAGAUGCGCGAGGAGCGCGCCGCCGACAAGGGCAGCAAGAAGAGCAAGGCGGCCAAGACCAAGGUCUCGCUCGUCGCGAACAGAGACAACAAGAUCGAUGCUACCUCUUAUGACGAUGAUGGACUGGAGGAUGAUGACUUUAUGUGA